GCUCUAAGCUUUAUAUUUAUAAAUGAAACUGACCGCAUAACAUAAAAAACAACAGUAUUCUCCAUUAAGGCUGAAGCAAAACGCAAAACAAAGUCAAGUGCAGGGGUGCUACUGCUGCUGCUCCAUUGCUGUAAAAACUAGUUUUGUGCUCUAACUGCGUUAACUCCGGCGACCGCUAUUGCGUGCUAUGUGGCCAUGUGUCUUAAUUAAUUGCGAAGAAAAGAAAAUUUAAUAUUUUACUUGCAACUUUUUAAGUUAGCAUUUUGUUGGCAUUGCAACUGCGCAUGCAUGUGCGUGUGGCAGUGUCCCUAUGUGAAUGUAUGUAUAUGCAUAUGUGUGUUGUUGUGUGCCAGUGUUUGGGAGGCUGUCAACCUGUCGCUGAUAGAUAAUUAAGCCCAAACAGACGCCAGCGCCGGCGGCGAUAUACUACUAGAAACAAAGAAACAGCAGCCGCUAGCUGAAGUGCAGCUGUGUGGACGUGACAGGUGCAACAACAGAAGCAGCGGUGGCGGCGGCUUAAAUUAAUAUUCGAGUCAUACACGCACACAUACGCAAGCACAAUGUCUGGGACGGCAACGCCAAUGGAAAUUGACGAAUUCAUAAAUGGAGCACUUGUUUCUUGGUUGGAAUCUUGUCUGCCACGUGCCGAGAUACUGGCCGGUUACACAUCUUUGCUGGAUGGCCUCAUAAUACAUAGUGUUUGGCUGCAAAUUGAUCCGGAGCCCCAGAACAAUCCCAAUGAGCUAAUCGAUCUGAGUGGCUUAUCUUUGAAUAUAGCUCGUGCUAAGAACUUUGAAUGCAUUGUGCGCAACUUAAAGUCCUUGUUCGAGGAGGAACUUGGUCAAACCAUACUCGUUCUGCCUGAUGCCUUUACUUUAGGCUACUACCCAGAGAGCAAAAAUGGUCUGGAACAAAUGAAGACACUGCUUACAUUGCUUCUGGGCGCGGCCGUGCAAUGUCCGAACAAAGAGCUCUUUAUAGCACGCAUCAAAGAACUGGAUUUGGAGACCCAGCAUGCUAUUGUGGGACUGAUCAAACAAGUCACCGACAGCCAUAGCUUGGUGCUCACCGAAGACUCACUGGACCGGCUAACGCCAGAGAAUAUGUACGCACACAUAUUACGUUUAACGAAGGAGCGCGAUAACAUGUACUUGAAGUGGAUCGAAACUGUCUGUGUAGAGCCGGAGGCCAACGCUAGCGAAAGUGUGGAAUGUGUUGCUGGCACUGGAGUCCCGCGCUCUCCUUCAAGCGUCACAGCUACUUCAACGCCUUCGUCUUCAUCCAAUUCGGAAAGCAAUCACCUGGCGGUCGAGUGUGCAGAUCUUAGAUCCAAGAACCGAAAGCUGCGACAAGAACUCGAGGAGAAAUCAGAAAAUCUGUUGGAGUUGCGCGAAGAACUUGAUGACAAGAAGCUGCGUUUCGAAAAACUGCGGCAGGAGAGCCAAGAGUGGUUUGCGGAGGCAAAGCGUGCUGCCGCAUAUCGAGAUGAAGUGGACAUAUUGCGAGAACGUGCCGAACGCGCCGAUCGUCUGGAGAUUGAGGUGCAGAAGUAUCGCGAAAAACUGGGUGACUCGGACUUUUAUAAAUCGCGCGUUGAGGAAUUGCGCGAAGACAAUCGCGUACUACUCGAGUCCAAAGAUAUGCUGGAGGAACAACUACAAAGAUCGCGAAAGCGUUCGGAGCAUGCAAUAACAUUGGAAUCGGAAAUCAUAAAAUACAAACAAAAGCUUAACGACAUGGCCUUAGAACGGGACGUGGAUCGCUCAAAGUUAGAGGAGCUAUUGGAGGAGAAUGCUCAACUGCAGCUGGUGGCCAAAAAUUUGAAUUCAACGCAAGAGUUUGACAAAUCAUUUUCCGACAAUGAAGACGACUGUAAUUCAGGUGAUAACAGCUUAUCCGAGCAACUGACCAACAAUGCGCAAACACGCGCCCUCAAGCUAGAGUUGGAGAAUAGACGCCUCACUGCCGCCUUGGAACAGCUAAAGGAGAGCUCUUUCCACGAGUCCACGAGCAAAAUGUUGGAGCUCGAGAAAGAGAAGAAGAAACUCUCACUGAAAAUCGAGCAAAUGCAGGAGAACAUACAGAGAUUAACACAACAAAAUGUAGAACUGGAAAGCGUGUUCAAAAAUGCAUUGGAGGAGAAUAAGAAACUACAAGCUGCCGUUGAUAAUCGCCAAAAAUCAUAUGAUCGUCAAAGUCUGGAACGUGAAGCCGAUCGGCAGAAGCUUUCCGAUGUGGAACAGCAUGUAGAAACUCUAAACAAAGAGAAGCAGCGCAUACAAACCCUUAAUGAGAGCAUACAACGUCGUGCCGAUGACUUGGAGCGUUUAGUGGAGAGUAAAGGCAAGGAGCUUGAACAGUUUACAGAGAAAACACAGCAAUAUGAGCAAACCAAACACAGGCUUUACGAAAUUGAGGCUAAGGUGUGUACAUACGAGCGGGAAAAUGCCAGUCUGCUUAAGGAAGUAUCUAAGCUGAAGGAGGGCAGUGAACAGAAAUCGGUGCAACUGGACGAAAGCAUCAACAGAUUGGAUGUGCAAACCAAGGAGCUUAUACGGCUGGCCAAAGCCCUGGAAGAAGCAGAACUCAUGCAGCUUAAGUUAACCGAAUUGGAGAAGCAAAACAAGGACUUGGUAUCGCAACAUGAUAUUGACCAGGAACUCAUCACUACACUGCGAAAUGACUUGGUGACUGGGACACUUGUUACCAAAAAGGUACGACACAAUCUAGAAAAACUAGGCCUGAGUGUGGACGAAUCAAGUGGAGAGCCAACCGAGCUGAAUGUCGAGCAUGUGGUCGAGAAACUAGUGCGCAAUCCAGAGACUUUCAAAACUGUUCGCGAAAUCAUGCUCACUGUCAACCGUGAGCAACAAGAGGAAGCGGAAGCCCAGGGUGGUGAGCAUGCCAAGUCCGAUAUGUGUGUGCUCUGUCAUCGUCAGGAGAUCUACACUGUUGAGAAGAAUAUAGAAUUGGGCGGAAUUGCGCCUCAAGAGCUGCGCUUUGAACACAAAGUACGUCUCAGUCCCUCACACGAUAUGGCCGAAGUAAUGCGCCUUACUGAGUCCAACGCACAGCUACAAAACCAUAACCUAGAGCUCCAAUCCAACAACGAUCUACUGCAAACCGAAAACGCACGGUUAAGUGUAGAUGUUGCCGCGCUAGGAUCACAGAUCACAUCGCUAAAUACACAACAUGUGGCAUUACAGUUAGCCAAUUCCCAGUUGGCUGCUGAAAAGGAUACACUGAUCAAGGACAUCGAUGCACUGAAGCAGGAACACAAGCAUGCAUUGCAAGAUCAGGUGACACUACAGUGCCUGCACGAUCAACUCUCCGCAGAAUACGAAUCCCUUAACAAGGACAAAGAACAGUUAAAAGCGGCCGUCCGCGAUUUACGCAAUGAGAUGCGCGAUGCCCGCGAAAACAUAACAGAGUUGGAGAAACGAAUUGAGGAGCUGACGACACAGAACAGCACCAUGAAAUCAUGCAGCGAGGAUCUUACCAUAUUACGCACCGAGCACUCCAAGCUAACAGACGAUUUUCGCAAUCUUUUCGCAACUAGCGAUCGCUUUAAAAACGAGUACAAAAACAUACAGGAACAAUACAAAAUGAUACGCGAGGAGCACAGUCGCAUGAGGCUACAGAAUACGGAGCUGUCUGGUGAGCUAAAUACCAAAACGGAUCAAGUUCGGCUUUUGCAAAUUGAAUACACAAAGGUGCAACAGCGCUGCGAGAUGCUGAUACAAAACAAUGCGGAUUUAGAUGCCGAACGGAAGGCCUUGAUGGAGAAUGUAUCACAACUUUUAUCGCAAUAUCAUGAGCUUUUGGCCAUUUCUUUAGAAGACAAAAAACAUUUCCAUGAGGAGGAAAAGAACUACACAGAACGUGUGCACAGUUUAAAGAGGCAAAAGGAAAAGUUGGAAGAGAAAAUUAUGGAGCAUUAUAAGAAGUCUGAGUCUACAGUACAGAAGAAGAAGCCCUUUGCCAGCAGUUUGGUACGCCGCGUUAAGAAGGCAAGUUCGGAUUUAAUGAACAAGGUGCCCAGUCGUAAUCGUCGCUCUUGGGUGGAUGAUGCACGUGCUAGUUCGCAGUUUGUGAUUGGUUCGGAGUCGGGGGGCAAUGAGUCUGACAACAGCAAUGAGGAGCCACUCUCCAUAGCCUCCGAUACGCAUUUGUUGCAGCGAAAUGUACCAUUGCGUCAGAGCCUGCAGCGGGAUAUGUUUCUGGAUAACCCAAUCACACGCGGUGGCACAGUACGCAGUAGUUUGCAGGCCCAAAAACGUACGGAUUUAAAUAAUUCACGUAGAAAUAGCGUGCACGGCAGUCUUGAAGCGCCGGAUGUGACAGGCAGCAGUUUAACUCUAGGAGCUGCUGGUUCGCGUCGCACCGUUUAUUUAAUCGAUGAGCAUCAAAAGCUGCCCGAUGGCUCGACCAACACACAAAAGCAACCACAACAGCAACAAGCAACCGCUAACAGUAGCGGCAGCACAACUGGGACUUCAACGCCCACACCUGGAGCAUCGGAAACGCAAACGCCACAGAAAGCGAACGCCGCAGAGAGUCCGGGCACUUUCCUCAUGUACAAUCGCAUCAUAAACACAACAAUUGGUGGUUCAGGGACCAGCAACGAUCAGAGUCCGUUAUUGCAGGCAAGUGGGAGCGGAGGCAGCGUUUCUGGUUCUGCCGGACAGGUGGAUGACAAAGGAUUGCGCAAACGCAAUGAGGAUAAGAGUAACAGUAUUUGGUACGAAUAUGGUUGCGUUUAAUACGUCCAAGCAUUUUGAAUUUAAUGUGCAUUUGCUGAACGAAGUAUUAUUUCGUUUUAGAAAGUAACGAAUUUAUUUUUUUUCGAAUAUACAUACAAACAUACGUACAUACUAUAUGUCUGAAUAAUGUUGAGCAUAGUGAUGCAUAUAUAAUGAUGUGUUUAUAAUGUUGCCUUAAGCUAGUAAAAAGUGCUUCUUAAAUGCUAUGAUUUGCCUUAAGACCAUACUCGUGCACUGUGUUGCAAAUAGUAUGGGUAGUUAAAAAUGUGUGUAUUUUUGUAUACUGCUUCCUAGUGUUAUUGUAUUGUAUUUUGUUUCAGAUAUACAUAUAUAUAUAUAUAUAUAUUAGUUUUAUGUAUUUAAAUAUAAUAUAAUAAUAUGUAUUUAAUUUAAAUAUAAUAAUGUCCACUAAAAUCUAAAAAUGAAGACUACAAGGUAACUACUCCGAAUUCAUAACUAUCAACAACAAAUAUACAACUUAAACGACAAAUACUUAAAUUUUGACACUAGACGUUGAAAAACUUCUUUGUAAAAAUACUUGAUGCACGUUUUAUGGAAUUUAUAUCGUCCAAAAUGUAACGCUUCUAAUUUUAUAAGAGCAAAGGAUCAAAAUACAAAUGUAUACCCAGCUAUGUAUUCCU